UAAUCGAAUAGAUCCGAUUCGAUGCAACGGAUCUUUGCACAAUCACACUCCUUUCAACAGCAAUACAGCCACAACACACAACCAACAGACAACCCCAAAGCAGAUCUCACACCCUUGGUGUCCCUUCGUCUCUAUUAGCUAGCUAUCUAUCAGCUAUUCAUUCAAAUAAAAUCAAGAUGCCCGGCAAAUGGUUCCCUCUCGAAUCGAAUCCUGAGUUGAUCAACAAGUACAUUAGCAAGUUGGGGUUUGACACGUCGCUGUACGAGUUUACCGAUGUGUUUAGCACGGAAGAUUGGGCCAUGGACAUGAUUCCCCAGCCUGUGGCGGCUGUGAUUAUGCUGUAUCCAUUGACGUCUAAUCAAGAGAAAUUUCGAGACCAAGACAAGAUUGUUUCGCCCACAGAAGAUGUGUGGUUUGUCAAACAGCGCAUUGGCAACGCCUGUGGCACGAUUGGACUGUUGCAUUCGCUCUUGAAUGCUCCCGAGCCUCUCAAUGCCUUUCAACCCGAUUCGUGGCUCCAAAAAUUCCAAGAGGACUGUCACAAAUCCAUGCCUCCCAUUCAAAAGGCCGAACGCUUGGAAGCCGACGAGCAAGUGGCCAAAUUGCACGAUGAUGCCACGUCGUCUUCCGACAACCAAACCAAUCGAGGGAAUAUUGAUGACAAGGUGGAAACUCAUUUCAUUGCACUCGUUUGCAACAACAAUAAACUCUAUGAACUGGAUGGUCGAAAGGAAGGGCCCGUCUUGCAUGGAGACACCAGCCCCAACACUCUACUCAAAGAUGCCUGUGUCGUUGUCAAAAAAUUCAUGGAACGAGAUCCUGGUGAAAUGCGAUUUACCAUAUUGGCGUUGGCGCCCAAGGCUUCCUGAGAAGAAACAUAUAGAAACAAAAGAGGGCAAAACAAUAAAGCAAACAGCCGGGUAGUCUCUAGCUAGCUAGAUGGAAAUGCAGCUAGUCUGCAGCGACAAGAGAAAACAGCGGGAACGUAUGAAUCGAAUCAAGCAACCAAGGAGUUUGUUCUCUGACUCUCAAUUAAAGCUAUUAUAAUAGAAGCUAGCUUGGCUUAUUUCAUUUUGAUUGGAACUGGACAGGAAGUGCCAUCGGGACUGAUCAACAUGUUGCAGGCCUACUUAUAAAGCCCACCAGAGGACCAAUCUCUCUUCGUAUUUCUAUCACCUGAGCCUUCUAGCUAGUGCAAUCAGUAUGUUUGUUGUACUUACCACUCCAACAAUUAAUUGAAGCAUACAUGACGAGAAACAUCACCCAGCUCCAAAUCACCUCCAACACGGCGUCGCCUCGGCGUCGAGUUAAUAUCCC